AUGGCAUCAUAUCAAGGGAACACUCAAUCGGAACCCGCAAAAAUGGAACAAAUAAUAACUGAAUUUUUUGCGAAGAGUCUUCAUAUAAUACUUGAAUCGCGGUGCCCUUAUGUUUCAUCGCGGAAUUAUGGCAGUGAGCAAGUUUUGUCAUCCCCAUCCCCACCCUCGUCAUCAUGUUCUUCUUCGAGUUUUGGGCCGAGGGAUAAGUGGUUUAAUUUAGCACUUAGGGACUGCCCUGCUGCACUGGCUAACAUAGAUUUUUGGCGACAGAGUAAUCUUGAACCCAUGAUUGUUGACGUGAUUCUAGUGCAAAGGUCAGGCAAUUGGGACCCUGUGAAUUAUUUUCCCAAAAGAGGGCUUGCAAGGAAUUUUUCAGGCGAAGAGGGUUCCUAUUGCAGUUCUGAAAAUGAUGAAUUUGGGUGCGAGAUUCAGAGCGAAAAGAUUAUUGAGAGGUGGGUUUUACAGUACGAGAGUAAGCAAAGCGGUGACCAUCGUGGUGGUGUGAUGGGGAAUAAGAGAGCAGCUCGUACUAGUUCACAUGCACUGCAUAAGAAGUCAACACUGUUGUUGAGGUCUUUGUACACGACUGUUAGACUUUUGCCGGCUUAUAAGGUUUUUCGUGAUCUCAUUUCGUCAGCCCAAAUUCGGGCAUACAAUCUUGGUCACCGGGUAUCAUCAUUUGUUGAGCCGUUCACACGUAGAGAAGAGGCAGAUAUGCAACACUUUGUGUUCUCUCCAGUUGACACUUCUUGCGGCAGGCUUUGCCUCUCAGUGUUGUAUUGCUCAUCAGUAUUGGAUAUCAGUUCUGAACCCUCCACCCCAAUUUCUCCACAAGUCAUUCAUGAAUAUGUUGGGAGUCCAAUGGCAGAACCACAUAAGAGGUUCAUAUCAGUUCCUGUCUCUCAAAGCUCCCCAUCUUCGUCUCCAUUUGGGAGAUGUCAUAGCUGGAGUUAUGAUAUAUAUAAAGUAUCACCAUCUUCAGUAAACCCCUCACCUUCACCCACAUACUCUGAAUCUCGUGCUUCAAUGCCAAAACAACUAUCACAUCGGUUUCCUCCAGCAAGUUUACCUUGUCAUAUGCCUGACAAAACACCUCCAGUUCAUAUGAAAGAUCCAAAUUUUCAUGAGUAUUCGUCUUCCCCGACCUUUUCACCAUCACCAUCUCCAUCUCCAUCCCCAUCUCCAUCACCACCUGCCUACAUUCCUGAUAGUCAUAUAUUAAAGGCUCUUUUACGGUCUGAAAGUGCUCCUGUUGGAAUACCUGUAUCUAGGCUUUCUACUCUUCCUAAAAUGCCCAAAAACCAAUUGUUGGCUCUGUCUCCUUCUAUGGGAACCAGUGGAUGCAGGGUUUCUAAGACAGAUGGAUGUUCAGGUCUAUAUCAGACCGGUUCUAUGGUUGACAAGUUGUUCGCUUCCGCGAAAGAUGAAGCUGGAAAAUUAUCUGGGGUUAAGCAAUCAUCAAACUGCUUAUCAACGAAAUCAUUCUCCAGAAGCCCCAGUGGGUUUUCUUUUCAGGUUCAUUUUCACAAUUCUGAAUUUUCUGGUCUAUUCAUUCCGGAUGAUGAUUACCUAACCGAACCAAGUACCAGACCAGGGUCAUUUGAUCAGCCUGGUGGACUCUGUCCCAUUGGAAAAUCUCAAGAUGCUGCUGUUGGUGCUCUUAUUUGCAUGCUGAAGAAGGCGCCCCCUCUUCGCCCGGACAUCUCUAUCACAACAAAUUUGGUGCAGGGCUCCAAGCCCGCGACUGAAGAAAUUUCUCGAGGGUCACUGUUGGGGGAUUCCGAUUCUUUGAAUCUCUCAUCCUCUGGACUUGCAUCUUCCAAAACUACAGCUGAUGCAUCUACAGAGCUCGUGAGGUAUAAGGAAAUGAAAGAAUUACUGCUGAAACAGGGUAAAGGAACUCAGGCAUAG